AGAGAGAGCAGUGUGUGCAGGAGCCGGAAAAAAAAACUGCAAAACAUCGAGGAAAAGGUGGCACGAGUACGGUCGAUUCGGCAGGCGUGGCAGGGGCGCCGGGCGCUAGGGAUAAGAUCGUUCGCAGCGCUUGAGCAGCCGGGCCGACGCGGCCGGCGCGCACGAACACGCCGGAAACAGACGCGCAUCCUCGAGCCAUAGUCGUUGGCACUUGGGAGCCGCCCGCCUCUGCCACUGAGCAGAAACCGCCAGGCGCCAGCCCACGCACCCGGAGCUCCAUAAAAACGCCACAUUUCUCUCGCCGGGCACGCGCCGCGCAGCAGCGUAUGAGCGCUGGCGGCGGGAGGGGAUGGAGUCCAUGGGCAAUGGAGCAGCGGGAGCGGGGGAGGGGACGCCCAGCCGGUCCCAGGGUGCCAAGCGCGGCCGCGGCGGCGGCGUGAGGGGGAGCGAGGCGGAGGCGGCGUGGGGCCAGCCGCCCGCGCUGCCACCGCCGCAGGGCGCAGGGGCGGGGUCGCGGAUCUACCGCGUGCGGGCGAGCGGGGGGAAGGACCGGCACAGCAAGGUAUACACGGCUAAGGGCAUCCGCGACCGCCGCGUGCGCCUGUCGGUGCCGACCGCCAUCCAGUUCUACGACCUGCAGGACCGGCUCGGCUACGACCAACCCAGCAAGGCCAUCGAAUGGCUCAUCAACGCCGCCUCCACCGCCAUCGAGAAGCUCCCGGCGCUGGACCCGGCUGCGUUCGCCGCCGUCCCCGAGCCGGGCGGGGCUGAUGCAGGCAAGGUGAAGCAGCAGCAGGGGAGCAAGUCCGGGGGCAGCAGCACGUCGGAGACGAGCAAGGGGUCGGAGCUCUCGCUCUCGCGCUCCGACAGCCGCGGGGGCGCCGCCGCGCGGGAUAGGGAGGUCACCGUAGCCAGCACCUCGGCGCAGGCCGCGUCCUUCACCGAGCUACUCACCGGGGUGGCGUCGGCCGGCGCCAUUAACGCCACCGAGCACAAGCAACCGUGGCAGCCGCCACCCAACGUCUCCGCGGCUACCGCCGACUGCGUCGGCAUCGCGCACCCCGGGAGAGGCACGCACGGGAUGCCGACGCACGUCUUUUCCGCCCCCACCGCCGUCAAGUUCGGAAAUGCGCUUCCGUUCGGCAUGGUUCCGGCACAUCCGUUCAACUUCGCGAGCUCCGUCGAGAUGCCUCACUUCUCGCUUGCUCAUGACGCUUUGGCGGCGUCCUCGACUCCCGCUGGAGACUACAGCCUCAACUUCUCCAUGUCCUCAGGUUUCUUGGGUGCCAAUAGGGGGACCCUUCAGUCCAAUUCGCAGUCGAACUAUUCAGGUCACCACCAGCAGCAGCUCCAAAGGCUGGACGGCCCGUUCUUGUUCGGUCACGCCGCGGCGGCGGCGCAUCCCGCAUCCGAGAACCAGCUCACCGCGUCCGCCGCGUUACAGCUGUGGGAUGGUUUCCGACACUCCGGCAUGAAGGAGAAGAGCAAGAACUGAUUGCACAUUCUUGAACGGUAAGAUGAUAAUCUCCCGAAAUGUAGAAGCUUUUAUCUUUUGUCUCAAUUUAGAAAUUAGGUGCGUGCCCAGAUCAUCAUUUUGGCAUGAUUACCAUUCUGGUAACGCUCGAGGUAGCCUCGUGCCCACAAAUCCAAUAAAACACUAACCUUGUUCUGUUCCA